CCGCAGAGAGCCACGAAAUUUCUCAAUUGGGGGUUUUCCAAAGCCCCUCUCUCUCUCUGUCUCUCUCUCUCUCUCUCUCUCUCUCUCUCUCUUCGAUAGUCAUGGAGGACAUUGACAUGGAGUCAAUAGGCCAUGGAGGAACAAGUUCGCGCUGCUGCUUCUGUUUUCCGUCGUCGUGGUCGCGGAUGCGGACCUCCCAAAACGAUGACCGGUGGUGGUCCCGAGGCAUCAGGGCCUUGUACAAGCUUCGAGAGUGGUCCGAGAUCGUCGCCGGCCCCAGGUGGAAGACUUUCAUCCGCCGAUUCAACCGAAGCAGAAGCAUAGGCCGUGGCGCCGGCGCCAGCAAUCACGGGAAAUUCCAAUACGAUCCCUUGAGUUACGCUCUGAACUUCGACGAGGGCCCCGUCGACGAAGACGACGAAGUCGUGGGGUUCCGGAAUUUCUCGGUCCGGUACGCCUCGUUUCCUCAACCGGCAAAGUCCGGGGGUUUGACGGAAUCGGGCACAGACGUGGCGGUGUACGGGUGAAGAAAUUGCGCCGCGACGGCUAUCGUGCGCCCGGGGGGGGGGUAAGGGAGGGAUGUUUUGUGAAAAUCUAUGAUUUAGCUGGAUUGGCUAGUCAGUGACCUGGCUCGGAGGGUGGAAAGGUUGACCGUGACGUUGACGUGGCGCCGCCUUUUUUUAUUUUAUUUUUAUUUAUCAUUUUGGUUGAUCUCGUUGUAAUAUUUUAAUUUUUUAAUUUGUUUUUUGGUUUUUUUUUUUCGAUAGGAUUGUGGUUGUUGCUGGGUGUAUAGAAUUGUCAGAUACUAUGAAGGAUUGUCAAAUUAAUAUGAAACCAGUUGAUGAAUAUCGUGCAGAUUUUGGAGGAUUUCCUAGAAAUUAAUAAAUAUUUUUAUAUUAUUGUUUUGCAA